CGACAGUAGCGGUGAGCGGCCAUGUGUGUGUACGGUACCCGGCGGUGUGUGUUGGUGUGUGUGAGUGAGUGAGUGUGUGUGUGAGCGGGCGGUUCUGGAUGUUGGGGCGGUUCACCCCGCUGGUUCUGGGUCAGUGGAUCAGUAUCAGGGCUCUGUUGUUGAGUUCGGGGGUUCGCCGCUCUCAGGCCGAAGGAGGAGCCGCGGUCAGAGUCACACAGCCCCGCCGGACCCGCUCACACCCCGCGGCGGGUCUCAGACUCACCAUGGACAGGGAAGAUCAGCCCGUUACCGAGCAGAGCCCGGAACCGGAGCGAGAGCCGCAGCCAGGAGACGGAGGUGAUGCGCGGAGCUGCGCGGGGAAGCGAAAGAGCGAGGAGAACAGCGGCGGCGUUCAGGAGAAGCCUCCCCGCGGGAAGAGGCGCAGGGGCGGCGGGGGUAAGCAGCUCCGGCCCGGGGAGAGGUACGUCCCCCCGCCGCAGAAGCGCAACCCCGCGGUGAGCUUCACCCCGGAGCACUUCGCGGAAACAUCCUACUACUUCGAGGCGGGGCUGCGGAAAGUCCGGCCGUAUUACUUCGACUUUAAGACCUACUGUAAGGGUCGCUGGAUCGGGAAAACCCUGCUGCAGGUCUUCAGUACCGAGUUCCGGGCAGAACCGCUGGAUUAUUACAGAAAAGCGGCCAAAGAGGGAAGAAUCCGGUUAAAUGAAGAACCUGUAGAAGACCUGAAUAUAAGACUGAAGAACAAUGACUUCCUGAGGAACACGGUUCAUCGUCAUGAGCCUCCGGUGGUUGGUCGGCCGUUGGAGAUUUUGGUUGAUGACGGUGAAGUCGUGGUGGUGGAUAAGCCCGCCUCUCUUCCUGUACAUCCCUGUGGGCGCUAUCGUCACAACACCGUCAUCUUCAUUCUGGGGAAGGAGAGAGGUCUCCAUGCUCUUCACACCGUGCAUCGCCUGGACCGCCUCACGUCCGGCGUACUGCUGUUCGCCCGCACUCUGGAGGUCUCGAAGAAACUGGACCAGAUGGUUCGAGAUCGACAGUUGGAGAAGGAGUACGUGUGCCGUGUGGACGGGGAGUUUCCGGAUGGUGAAGUGGUUUGUGAGGAACCCAUACUGGUCGUCUCCUUUAAAGUGGGCGUGUGCAGAGUGGAUCCUAAAGGGAAGGACUGCCGCACGGUUUUCCAGAAGCUCAGUUAUAACGGCCGCUCCAGCGUAGUGCGCUGUCGCCCUCUCACCGGCCGAACUCACCAGAUCCGCGUUCACCUCCAGUUCCUGGGCUUCCCCAUCCUGAACGACCCCAUCUACGGAGCUUCGGCGUGGGGUCCGAACAGGGGAAAAGGCGGGGUGGUGGGUGUGAACGACGACGAGCUGCUGGAAGCUCUAAUCAGUGAGCAUCGCUCCAAGGAGAGUUUGGGUCUUUUGGAUCUUCCUGAUGAUGGUGAAGAUGUAGCAGUAAAGGGUGGUGCAGCAGCAGGUACAGCUGCUGGUGGUGAUGAUGGUGAUGGCUUGGUUAACGAUGGCUUGUCUGUCUCGACUGAAUCUGGAAACUCAGAAUUGACUGAGGGAUUGAGUGUUUCCAGUAAACUGUCAGUAGCAGAAUCAUCACAGGCUGGACAUUCUGACCUGAAUACUCUUAACUCUGAACCUUCAGAAUCUUCAGGAUUAACAGAGGAAACAGCAAACGGUGCAAAAACAAAGAAAAGCAGCUCAGAUCAUGAAGAAUCCUCAAAAACUGCAGAUUCUGCUGUAGCAGUGAGAGAUCAUUUGUGUGCAGAGUGUAAAAUAGUGCGAGCCGACCCGACGGAGGAGGAGCUGGUCAUGUACCUGCAUGCUCUGUGCUACAAGGGACCUGACUUUAAAUACUCCACACAGCUACCUGACUGGGCUAAAGAAGACUGGGUGCAGGAUUAAAACGGAAAAUUACUGUAUUUUUCACACUUUAAGGUGCACUGCAUUAUGGAUUAUAAGGCGCAUUAUGCAACACUAGCAAGGAACAGGGGUGUCGCCAUGUUUUCUUUCUAAUUCAGCAGAUCUCACCUCUGGGUAGUGAGACUUGUAAAGCUAAGUUAAGUUAAGUAAACAAAACUGUAAUUCUUAGAAAUUGUGGUGGUUUGAUGGUUUGUGAUCAUCCAUCUUCCUCUUGAUUAUAUUCCAGAGGUUUUUAAUUUGGUAAAAUCAAAGAAACUCAUCAUUUUUUAAGUGAAAUCUUAUUUUUAUUCCAAAGCUGUAGAUCAAGGCAUUUCCACAGUCACAUCCUCAGUCAAUGCAGGAGAACACUAUACGAUACUGUUAUAACGUUUGGCAUGGCAGUGUAUGAACAGUAUAGUUCUUUUUCAAAUAAUAAAGUUUUAUUUUUCACCGACCCAAAAGCUGUGGAAGUUCUUUAGAGAUGACAUGAAUAAAUUAUAUUUUUCUGACUCAAAGAAAAAGUCUGCUUUUCUUUAAAAUAAAAUGUUUUAAUUUUAUUUUAUUGAGAUUCUCCAUCAUAUUUCCAACAUAGUUCAUCCUUAAACACUUUAAAUUUAACACCCCACACACACACACACACACACACACACACACACACACCAUCCACAUACAACAGUUUUAUAAUAGUACGCUUCACAAAAACUGGACACAGCGACUCUGUUUGGCACAAAGAACUUGUAACUUUUUACAUUUGGCACUUUGUACAUUAGAAAGCUGAACAGCAUCAUGGAUAUGUCAGUUAAAAAAAAAAACGUAAUUUACUUCAUUAUAGUAAUAAAUUAUCCAGAAUGAAACUUCACUUAACCCUUUCAGACCUGAAUUAUUUCCAGUGAUAAAAAAAAUAAAUAAAUAUAAAUAAAAUUAUGGAUAUAUAGAUAGAUAAAUUAUUUGUAUUCUUUAGUUUGCAUAUAUUUUAUUUUUUAUGUUUCCUCUAUUUUAAAUAAUUUUUAACAUUGUAUUUUUAUUCUAUAUAUCUUUUAUAUACAUUUUUUUGUUUCACACUUCAUUCCUAAAUUGAAAAAUAUAUUCGUUACAUGGUGCCUCAUUAUAGGUGGGAUGCUGCCAUGCUUUGCCUUAUAUUUUUAUUUUUCCAAUGUAGUGGGUAGGGCUAAACUGCUGUUUUUGAUUAAAUGAUAAAUGUUAAAUAUAAAUACAUAACUAUAAUAUUCCGAAGGACAGCAGGUCUCAAUCAAUCUGAAAAUAUACAAUAAAGAAGAAAACACACAAUGUCCAUUGCGCAAUGUACUCAAGGUCUGAAAGGGUUAAAUACAUACAUAGGUUUCAUACAGUGUUUAAAAUUCUUGAUUUAAAAAACAUUUUUUCUUCAAUAAAUGGCUUUUAUAUUUUUUAAAUUCUGCUGCUUAUUGUUAAAUUUGUCAAAUUAAGAUUUAUUUUUCUUCUCCCAUAAAACACAGCACCAUACUUCACACCAUUAACUCUAUUACACAUUUUUCUCUUCACGCUCUUCUGAUCCUGAUUAUUUUAACAAAUACGACGUGUAAAGACAGGACUUACACUUUUA